UGUAGGUAGUUCAAAUAUAAAAUAUGUCUCACCGGCGAUUCCGCCACGCGGCGGGCGCUCGACAAUAAAGGAUUGACGCAAUAAGGUGCAUGGUGUUUUAUUCCUGCUUGAGAGAUAUUAAAGUGGCGACGAGCCUAUUUUUUCGAGUCUUACGCGUGUAUUUUGAAUUGUGCAAGAUGUCUAUCGGUAAAAUAACCGAAUUUAAAGUGCAAAGUGAUAACUGGAAGUUGUACGUAGAACGACUCGAACAAUAUUUCUUAGUGAAUAAGAUCGGACUGGAUUUGCAAGUGCCUACACUAAUAACAGUUAUGGGAGCAGAAAGUUAUGAACUUUUAGUAAGUUUGUGUACUCCAGACAAACCGAACACCAAAUCAUUUAAGGAACUAACCUCGAUUAUGGCAAAUCACCUACAGCCAAAACCAAGUGAACUGGCAGAAAGAUAUAAAUUUCGGCAUAGGCAACAAGGCGAGGCCGAAAGUAUCGCGGAUUAUAUUGCAGUUUUAAAAAAGAUGUCGAAAACAUGUGAAUUUGGUACUGGAUUACAGGAAAGCUUACGCGAUCAGUUAGUUUGCGGAAUAAAAAGCGAGAUUAUACGUCAGCGCCUAUUUGCCGAGAAUAAGUUAGACUUCGCGAAGGCAUAUAACCUAGCAGUUAGCCUCGAAGCUGCUGAGAAAGAUGCGGCAAUGGUUGUGGGGAACGCGAAGGCGAGCGGUGAGACGAGCGCAGUAGAAUGCCAAGCGGUGUACAGCGGGCGCUCGCGGCGGCCCGCGGGCGCAGCUAGGGGACAGCACGGGUGGCGCGCGGCGUCGCGCGGCAGGGCAGCCGCUGCGUCUAGUGGGCCGCGGUCACAGCAAGGGUGCCAAGCGUGUGGUGGUGCCCAUGAGGAGUCAGGAUGCAAUUUUAAGGCGUAUGUAUGCAGAGUGUGUAUGAGGCGGGGGCAUAUACGCCGGGUGUGUCCAAAUAUAACGCCGCAUAAUACAGUGGAUGUGACACAGUGCAACAAGCAAGCGGGACAGGACAGCGAUAGUGGUAGUGACGAGUUCCAGAUACUAUAAUGUAUUCGCGGAUGGUUUGGGACGAUUCACCGGCGAGCCGGUACGCAUCUACG